AUGACGACCGCCCACAGACCUACGUUUGAUCCCGCCCGAGGCAAAGACGCCCUCCGCGGCCCAGCCUACCACCAGCGACUCCUCCCCGCGCACAAACAGCUCAAGUACCGCAAGCCGGGCCAGGGCGGCGACGCCGGCGACCAGCCGGAGCGCGACCUCGCCGCCGAGCUCCUCGCCGCCGAGGCCGCCCACUUUGCCAAGAAGAACGGCGGCAGCGGCGCGCUGCUCGACGCCGCCGUGGGCAAUGACGAUGGCCGGGACUCGGAUGGCGACGUGGCCGGCAUGGCGCCCCAUGGAUCCAAGAGGCCGCUGCCCGAGGGUCGGGACGGCGACGGGGAUCCGGAGGCGAAGCGGCGUCGCAUAUUGGAAGAGUCGAGAGAGCUGGAUGCGGAUGACGAGAGCGAUGCGGAUGAGGAUGAUGAGGAUAGUGAUGAGGAUAGCGACGAGGAUGACGAGGAUGCCGAGCUGCAGCGGGAACUGGAGCGGGUGCGGCGGGAGCGGGAGGAGAAGAAGAAGCAAGAGGAAGCAGUUCGCGCCCAAGAAGAGCAGGAGGCCCGCGAGCGCGACAUUGCCCUCGGCAACCCGCUGCUCAACAAGCAGGACUUUUCCAUGAAGCGCCGCUGGGACGACGACGUCGUCUUCAAGAACCAGGCGCGCGGCACCGAGGACAAGGGCAAGAAGAAGGAGUUUGUCAAUGAUUUGUUGCGGUCCGACUUCCACAGGCGGUUCAUGGGCAAAUACGUCCGGUGA